AUGAAUAUCCUCAGUUGGAACUGCCGGGGGCUUGGGAACCCCCGAGCAGUAACUGUGCUCUCGCAUCUUGUGGGAGUUAAAGCGCCCAAAAUUGUAUUUCUCAUGGAAACCAAACAAUCGGUUGAGGAGAUGAGAAGUAUAAAAGAAGACCUACAAUACCAUGCUAUUUUUACAGUUCCUAGCCUGGGAAGGAGUGGUGGCCUGGCCAUGAUUUGGAAGGAGGAUGUAGACUUGCAUGUUCAAACCAGUUCACAAAAUCAUAUUGAUGCCAUUGUGUUUAGCAGCACGGGUCCACCAUGGAGAAUCACCGGUUUCUAUGGCCAACCGGAAGAAAACCGUCGACAUGAAACUUGGAGUUUGUUGCGGCACCUUCAUUCCUGGUACUCAAUGCCUUGGGUAUGUAUUGGGGACUACAAUGAAAUAUUAUCAUCUGAUGAGAAGCAAGGCAGAUUACCAAAGGCACAAGCCCUCAUGCAAGCUUUCCGUAGUGCACUGCUUCAGUGUAAUUUGACUGAUCUUGGGUACGUUGGAAAUGACUUCACAUGGAAUAAUGGAAGACAUGGUGAUGCCUAUGUCCAACGACGGCAAGAUCGAGCUUGUGCAACAGUGGAAUGGAGAGAGUUUUUCCCUCAUUGCCGAGUCACACACUUACAGGUUUCGUAUUAUGAUCACGAUCCAAUUUUUCUUACCACUAAUGCCCCAAAUAAUUCUGUCCGUAGGAAAAGAGUACCCCACAGGUUUGAGGAAAAAUGGGCAGCGCAUCCCGAGUAUGAAUGGAUCAUUCAACAAGCAUGGAACCAGCCUGCCCCUCAUGGCAGCCCGAUGUUUAAGCUGUUUGAAAAAAUUAAGAAGUGCAGGACAUCUUUGAUUGGUUGGGCACGAUUUGCUUUUGGAAAUAAUAGAGCAAAAAUUGAGGAAAAGCACAGAGAAUUGGAGUUAACAAGACGAAAUAUUGGAGACCAAGUGGAGAGGAUCAAACUGGUCAGAGGUAGAUGGUGUACUGAAGAAAAUGAGAUUGCUGAAGUGGCAGAAACUUACUUCAAAAAUCUAUUUACUACAGCACACACAGAUUAUGCAAAUAUGGAGGAUGUCCUUGAAUCAGUUAAUAGACGGGUUACAGCUGAUAUGAAUCAGAUUCUAUUAAGAAACUAUACUGCUGGUGAGGUCAAACGAGCCCUAUUCCAGAUGCAUCCCUCAAAGUCACCUCGACCUGAUGCUUUUGAGGUGUUGCGCAGGAUGCAGAAUCGUAGAAGGGGAAAAAAGGGCCAGAUGGCAGUAAAGCUAGAUAUAAGCAAGGUGUAUGGUAGGGUGGAGUGGGGUUUCCUUGAAAAAAUGAUGAUACGGUUGGGGUUGGAUGAAAAAUGGGGUAUGUCAGCCUUGUUGAGAAGAGCAGAAGAAAGGAAGCAGUUGCAGGGGAUCUUAUCUUGUAGAAAUGGAGUGCGGAUUUCUCACUUGCUAUUUGCUGAUGACAGCUCGCUAUUUUGCCAAGCAUCAGUUGAGGAGUGCCAGCAACUGAUAAUCAUCCUUGAGGAGUAUGAGUGGGCAUCGAGGCAAGCAAUAAACAGGGACAAAACGGCUCUUUUCUUCAGUAAGAAUACAAGGGCAGAAGUGAAGGAUAUCAUCCAAGGUAUGUUGGGAGCCCAGGUUAUGACUGAGUGUGAAAAAUAUCUUGGCUUACCCAUGGUGGCGGGUAAAUCCAAGGUAACUACUUUCAAGGGGCUUAAGGAAAAAAUCACAAAACGGGUGAUGGGUUGGAAGGAGAAGUUUAUCUCAAAAGCGGGACGGGAAAUACUGAUCAAAAUAGUGGCGCAGGCAAUCCCUACAUAUACUAUGGGCAUCUUUAAACUCCCAAAAUCCUUGUGUGAUGAUAUUAAUUCAACCCUUGCAAAAUACUGGUGGGGGCAAACAAAGGAUGAGAAAAAGAUUCAUUGGAUCAAUUGGAAUAAACUGUGCAGGCCAAAGAACAAUGGUGGGAUGGGUUUUAGUGAUAUCCAUGCCUUCAAUUUAGCUAUGCUAGCUAAACAAGCAUGGAGAUUGAUAAAACACACUCACUCACUAUUUUAUAAGGUGUACAAAGCCCGAUACUUCCCAAACAGCUCCUUCAUGGAGGCAGAACUGGGGACCAAUCCAUCGUAUGUAUGGCGAAGUCUACUCAUGGCUAGAGAAAUCAUUCGGAAGGGUUCUAGAUGGCGGGUGGGGGAUGGGUGUCAUAUUCAGGUUGAUGCCCAUAAAUGGUUAAACCAUGACCCCAUUUUCUCGGGCUUACAUCCUAAUUCACUAUUUGUUAGUGACCUUAUUGAUGCAGACACUAGGCAGUGGGAUCGUGGAAAGAUUCAAGCUCUGUUUGCUCCAUCAACACAACAAGAGAUCCUUGCCAUUCCUCUGAACAAUCUGCAUUCCAAUGAUGAAUUAGUGUGGAAGGAAAACAGCACCCAGAAUUUUACAGUGAAGACAGCCUACAAAAUUGCCCUUGGCCUCAAAAAUCAACCCUAA